AUGUUGUGGAUCGUAAUCAAACCAUAAACAAGUACAAGUUGUGGGUUCGGGUCAAAAAGUCCGAGUUUCUCCAACUUUCUCGCCUCGCACUUGCUUCCUCGUGUUGCUCAUCUUCAGGUAAUUAGGGUUUAGGGUGGCUACUAUUUGGGUGAAUUAGGUGAACUGAAGGCAUGGGUCGAUCGAGGACAGUCUCUCGUCCAACUGAAGAGGAUCUCAAUCAAAGAUCCAAAAGGAAAAAGACUGCGUCUGGUAGUGUCGACAAUGUAGAGCUUCCAUCAGCAGGUCUUGGGCAAGUACCGAGUGAAGCAAAAGGGCCAGCAUUGUAUCAUUGUAAUUACUGUAACAAGGAUCUUUCUGGAAUGGUUCGGAUUAAGUGUGCAGUUUGUCCAGAUUUUGAUCUUUGUGUCGAAUGCUUUUCUGUUGGAGCUGAAAUUACUCCUCACAAGUGCAAUCAUCCAUACAGGGUUAUGGACAAUUUGUCUUUCCCACUUAUUUGUCCAGACUGGAAUGCGGAUGAGGAGAUAUUGCUUCUUGAGGCUAUUGAAAUGUAUGGAUUUGGGAAUUGGGCUGAAGUUGCAGAACAUGUUGGAACCAAGAGCAAAUCACAAUGUAUUGAUCACUAUAAUGCUAUAUACAUGAACUCUCCUUGUUUUCCUCUCCCAGACUUGUCUCAUGUUAUGGGAAAGAGCAGGGAAGAGCUCCUUGCUAUGGCCAAAGGGAAUGGUCUAGUCAAAAAAGAGUUCACCACACAUGGUGAGCUUACCCUGAAACAAGAGUCUCCUGCUGGUGCAAAAGUCAAAUAUGAGACACCAAGAAAGGAAGAUCCAGCUCAUCAAUCCUCAUCUAGCUUAACUGGAGAAAUAGGGUCCCAUAUUGAUUCAAGGAGUGGUGGUAACACAUUCCUAGGUACUGGUAAAAAGACCUCCAACAUGGCCCAGAUUAAAGAUGGCAUUAAAGUAGAAGAACCUCAAGCAGACAGGAGCAUUGGUGAGAAAAAGCCUAGGGUUUUCACUGAGGAGGAACCGUCUAUGACUGAGCUGAGUGGCUAUAAUUUCAAGAGGCAGGAAUUUGAGAUUGAAUAUGAUAAUGAUGCGGAGCAAUUAUUGGCAGAUAUGGAAUUUAAGGAUACUGACACCAAGGCUGAGCGUGAAUUGAAGUUGCGUGUAUUACAUAUCUACUCAAAAAGGCUUGAUGAGAGGAAGCGUAGGAAGGACUUUAUUUUGGAAAGAAAUUUACUUUACCCUGAUCCAUUCGAGAGAAACCUCUCACCUGAGGAGAAGGAGAUAUAUCAGCGUUACAAGGUGUUUAUGCGCUUCCACUCGAAAGAAGAGCAUCGGGAGUUGCUUAAGAGUGUCAUAGAGGAACAUCGGAUUGUCAAAAGAAUACAAGAACUUCAGGAAGCUCGAGCUGCUGGUUGCCGAACCGCUGCUGAAGCCAAUAAAUUUAUUGAACAGAAGAGGAAAAAGGAAGCUGAAGAAAAUGCCCAGAGACUGAAGGAAAGUGUACAAGCUGGUCCUAGUGGUAAAGUGUUAUUGCAUGGCAGUCCGAGGGGUAUUGUGAGGGGUUCCCCUGGUUUACAACCUUUUAGUAAAGAAUCUUCAACUGUCUUAGGACAAACUACAUUAAGCACUUUGGAUGAUUGGGAUAUCACUGGAUUCAUAGGAGCCGAUUUAUUGUCUGAUUCUGAGAAACAGCUUUGCAGUGAGAUCAGAAUACUGCCUUCACAUUAUCUCUCAAUGUUGCAAACCUUAUCAAUGGAGAUUAUGAAGGGAAAUAUUAGCAAGAAAUCUGAUGCUCACAACCUGUUCAAAGUUGAACCGAGCAAGGUGGAUAGGGUGUAUGAUAUGUUGGUAAAAAAGGGGAUUGUUCAAGUUUGAACAAAAUUCAGCGCCUCCAAUUUUGUAGAUUGAAAUUGUAUAGAUCUAUGUGAUAGGUAGAAGCACAAAUAGUGUUGCUCAUUUAUUAUACAAUUUAUCAUAAGCAACCACAUUUACAUGCUUCUCUCUUGCCAUGUUUUACAGGGAAAAUUACAAGAGAGCGAAUUUCCACGUCUGUUUUCCUCCCAAGAAAAGAUUUAUAUUGCUUCUGUAUUGGGGUUCGAGUGCGUAUUACAGUAUAUUUAAUGUUUUUAUAUUUUACUUUAUAGGAAAAAGUCUAAUUUUCUUUUA